CAGCAAAGUCUAUUAACUAGUUUUGUUGAACAAAAAAUAGUGACUGUUAUCCUAUUAAUUUAAAUCCUAGCUCGCUUUUCUGUGGGCCGGACGGCCGUUUCCGGGGUCCUUCAGGGGGUCCUCGGACCCUCGUUUUGAGAGCAUAGUUCUGGGCUCCUCGGGAAGCUUCUAUGAGGAGUGAGUGAAGGAAGUCACAGCCCAUGUUUGGAAAUGUUCUCCCAGGGGCGCUGCAGCAGCAGCCGGUGGAGCUACAGUCAGCUGGACAGCUCGGAGUUGACCGCACACGGGAUUUGUUUUUACUCCGGAACGGAUCAGCCUUGUGACGGGUGUUCAUCAUCAUGGCUCAGGCAAAAAUACAGGCGAAGAUGAACGAGGCUACCUUUAGCAAGUUCAGCAGGACGCUAUCCAUGGCAGAUCGCUCGGGGCGGCUGCUGGAAAGUUUGGACCAGCUGGAAAUGAGGGUGGAGUCUUUACGGGAAGCGGCAUCGGCCAUGGAGCAGGAAAGGGAGUGCAUCCUGGAAAUGAUUCAAUCUCUACAGAACAGUCAAGAAAUGCGUAACAUCUGUGCUGGAGAGAGAGAGGAGUUAACUUUAACUGCAGACCGUUUAAUGGGCCGGACGCUGUCUGUGGAAAUCUCUGUUGGGACAAUCAGAAACCCGCAGCAGGAGGAGGCGCUACAAAAAGCCACAUCCAUCAUAGAUGAAAUAGUGAAAAAGUUGCUGGACGACAUGGAGGGGAGCAGGCAGAAGCUGCUGGCCCUGCACGCCGCAUGUGUGACUGAAGCACCGGCCAUUCCCAUCGACCAGAAGUUUCAGGCCAUUGUGAUCGGUUGCGCUCUGGAGGACCAGAAGAACAUAAAGCGGAGGCUGGAGACUCUAUUGAGAAAUGUUGAAAAUGCUGAAAAGAACAUCAAGAUUAUGGAUCAUCAAAAACUCGAGAACACAAAAGCAAACGGUAGUCAAUAAGACUCAUCACCAAAGCAUUAAAUGUGCCUUGAAUGUUCGCUUUCAGAAGGCUGCUACUUGUAGCAAGAAAAGUGAGCAACAAAUAUCCCGUUUUACCAAAUCAUUGUCAUUUUUACAUUGAUCUACUUAAUAUUGGUUACUUAAUGUUUAUACAAUGUACGUGUGUGUUCACAUAUGCACCUAGUGCAGUAAAAGAUGCUGAACAGCAAUGAAUUAAACAACUCUUUUUGUUUCAUUGCCUCACUUUUAAAUUUAGGUAGUUGAUUUUGUAAGUGCACGCACUACCUCUUUGUGUGAAAUCAACACAAGAUAUAUGGAUUUUAUUUUGUAUUUGCACAUGAGUUUUAUUUCAGAUCACGUGUCAAAAAACGAAAUAAACCUGUUGUCUUAUGAGUGUCGGGCAGAGACUUCUUUAAAUAUACAGUGCAGCAUGUGGCAAGUGCCUCUGUUUAUUUAGGAAUGUCCACACACGUGGUGUAGAGGAUAAUCUAUAGGACAAAUUUAAAAAUCGAGACUUACAACACUUAGUUGUUUUGUGUCAAAUAGAAAAACAAUGUCAGCAGUGCAAAGGGCAUACAAUGUUUUAAGUAAGUAAAGGUUGCCUUUGUCUAGGAGCCCUACAUAUUAUCACUUGCUCUUCCCCAGCGGAUGGCAUUUGAGCAAACUCAUCUAUUGUUUGGCAUUUGGCAUAAGGAUAUGAAAUAACAUAGAAUAUGAGGAUCAUGAGGUAUGAGUUUCUCGUGUCAAGGUACUAAGAGCAAGGCUAAACUUCUACACCCAUGUUAGUUGUUUAUUAACUUGUAAAACUGCCACGGGUACAGACAACCAUCUUUUAUCCAAACUGUCUGCACUUCUAAAAUUAUCUAACCUUAUUCACUCUAACUAAAUGUACCCAGUUAAAAUAAUAACAACAUUCUGGUUAAAGAAACUGUCAUGAAAUCAUACAAUGGAUGCUCAAGAAAUUUUUUAUUUAUAUCAGAUUGCCACCAAACACUGCCUCGCCAACAAAACAACAGACACACAGUUGUGUGGCACACUCCAGGGUGUGACACAACAAAACUGCAAGUUGUGUCGUUUUUCUCAGGCUGAAAGCCAACACAAGUUGGUUUGUCUUUCUAAAGGUGUGAAUCUGCUAAUGAAGUCAUGUGAGAAAAAGUAAAAGUAAAAUUAAGACACAAAGAUUACACCUGAGUGACAGCACUUAAGUAUGGUUAGUUUUAACUGCUGAUUCUUUAAAAUUAUACGCCAUCUUAAUGAUAAAGUGCAGUGAAUCAAGUCAGUCAAAAGACAAAGUAAACACAAACUAGCACAAGCUUGAGAAAAACAUUACUUACAGAUCUACUGUGAAGGCAAUUAAAAAAAACAAAACAGCAAAAGGGUGGAUUAAAAUGUGUACUCUGAAGAAUGUAAACAUUGACAAGGCAUUGUAAUGAUUAAACAUUCACUGAUAUGGGAGGGGAAAAGGCCUGCAUGCAUUACAGUUAUGCCACUUUGCUUGUCUUCAAAACAGCAGUUUACAAAAAAAAAAAACCCUAAUGG